AUGACAAUCCUUGGCAAAUUGCUUGAAACAGACCUCGCAGAAGAAUGUUUGGAAUAUUCUGCUUCAGAGGGUAUAGUUUUCCCACCAGAAAAUGUAACGUUCAGGUCAUUUAAUGUUCUUACAGUAACAUUUUGGUCGCAUGUUUGCUCACAUUUUGAAAAUUAUUUUAAUUUAGUUCCACAACUUGUAAAUUAUACAACACAAUGCAUAAGAGAAGGACUUACUCAAGAAAAAAUAGCUUACAUCAACUGCUUAACUAUAGUAAUCCUUGCUCAUAACAUAGAAACAAUAGUUCCUCAGUAUCUUAACUUAUUUAUAGAUAUGGCUAUCAAAGAUUCUGAAUUUGCAGAUACUGUGUUGCCAUGUGCUUCAUUAAUAAUCAAUCACUUUUAUUCAGCCCGAAUUGUGAACAAAUACAUGAAAUACCUGCUUGAAUUAUUUGAUGAAUUCACAAUAUGCAAUGAAUUCCGUGAUUUGGUCCUUAGAAUAAGUGAAGACUUGCCAAAUAAUCCUGAGUUAAAGAUUAACUCAGAAAAACUUGUCCAAGUCCAAAAUUAUUUUGCCUCUCAAGAAUAG